AUGGCUGCUAAGGAAGGUGAACCGUCUUCAAAAAACCUGGAUGUUCAUGAAAGAGCAUUGACGAGUGAAAGGUGGGAUGAAGCAAAACAACAUUUGAAGUUGAAGGAACGGAAGUUUCUGGAAAAAGCGUGUGAAGGGUUUGACCAGCCAUUGCCGUCGGCUCUUCAAUCAAGCAUCAGUACUCAACAACGCCAUUGCGACGACAAACACUGGCUCUCUUAUACAAAUGAAAAUGGCGAAACGGUUUAUUUGCGGAGCGUCCUUGAAGAAAUUGCAGGUUACAUAGAGAAGUUCAAACAGUUUGGAGAUCAGAUUGUCCAGUUCGCUCCAAACUACGCCGCUAUUCCAUGGGCUGCUAUUCGGCUUGUUCUUCAAAUUACCGUCAACGACGUUCAAAUUUUCACAGAAAUGGCCGAAGGAGUCCGGAAAGUGGCGCGUGUUGUUGACUUCUAUGGCGAAUGCAAAGCGAAAUACCUUCACGGCUCCUCGAACUUCAAGGAAAUGCUUUCUGAUAGCAUAGUCAAACUAUACGUAUCUGUUUUGAAGUACCUCAUCGCGGCACAGAAGUACUACAGCCAGCAAUCCUUCCGCAGGUUCUUGGAAAACAUCUACUUGAGAUCAGAGACAGUAAAGUAUCUACUACGCGAUAUCGAAGACGAUGCAAGAGAAGCGAAAGAUCGCGUACAACGAGUGGCAAGUGAAGAUACCGACAAGAAGAUCAAUGAAGGUUUCAAAAGCAUGCACCAGCAUCUCGAGCCAUCACUGAAUGACCGGAGAAAGAGUCUCCUAGAGCGCAUUGCUGGCACAUUUACGGACAACGAGCUCGAUAUCGCAAGGGAGAUCCGCCAUAGAAACACUUGCAAUUGGAUGCUACAACGUCCUUCCUUCCAAGCCUGGAAAUCAUGCACAGCAGACCAUGUGUAUUUGCUGUGGAUCCAUGGAGGUCCCGGAUUCGGAAAGACGUCAACUGUAUCCUUCCUCGUGGGUGAUACAAAAGCGGACAACGACCCAGCCGUUAUUGUCUGCUCUUGGGUGGCGCAGAUGAUACGGAUCAACGAUGAUGCCGUUGAACUCGCAGAUGAACACCUUCCUCUCACACUCGAACCGUCCACUGGAACAAUUUGGAGAAUUUUUGAAGAUAUGGGCAAAGCCAUUGAUAAGGCGGCCUAUGUUGUUGAUGGAUUUGACGAGCGCUCUCCUGUAAAUAACAUUGCCAAGCACGACACCACAGACAGGAGGCUAAGCUUUUUGGAUACUUUGGUGAAUAGAAUUGCAAAAACUAAGGCUCAUGUCCUCGUUGUCAGUAGGGAUAUCGCCGUUAUCAGGUCCUGCUUAGGCAAAGGCAGACUAUGGCCCCACGACGUUGUGGCGUACGAAUAUUCAAUCUCCAAAAACGAUACCAAGAGGGACAUCCAGACCUGUUGUUCUACGGAAUUUCAGACGAUCAACUGCAGAGAACGGCGAGUCCUGAAGAGAGAAACAUCAAAAAAGUGCGACGGGAUGUUUCUGAUAUGGCAUUAUCUCAGAGAGGAGCUUCAACAUGCACACAGCAACCGAGCUAGAAAGAAUGUUCUAUUAGCGACAUCUCAGUACAUUGAGGAUCUCUACGCUCGAGAACUCAGAAGGAUCCUUGGCCCAGAUGCGAAACCGUCUGACAGGAAUCAAGCAGUAUCCAUUUUGCGCCUGGUAUUUAUCUCUCUGAGGCCAUUGGAGGUAGCAGAGAUGACCAAAAUUCUCACUUUAUUGUUGGAUGACAGCCACGAGCAUUUCACAUACGACAAGACAUGUCUUCCAGAUGGAUGGAAAGACAACUUUUCCGAUUAUGUCAAUGACCAAAUCAGGAGACCUUGUGGACCUCUUAUAGAGCUUCGCAAGCCUUCGGGACGACAGAAUGGUAUUGGAAAACACACCGUACACUUCUACCACUGUACUGUCAAGGAAUACUUCCUUCAAACAAAUUUCCACAUGCCACAGACGGAUGAUUUGAACAUGGAGGAUGCCAAAGUACACCACAACUGGCUUGCCAAAAUCUGUCUCCAGUACCUAUGCUACGACAUCUUCAAUGUCAACUUCCCCGAUGAUGGACCCUCUGAAAUGGCUUCCGGAAACGAACCUAAAGCUCCACCAGAAGCAAACGACUAUCCAUUUUUUCGGUAUGCAUGUCGCUUCUGGCACGAACAUGCUAUACAGGAAGGGGUGACCAGUUUCGAAGUAAACGAGCUUGCGCUAAGGCUCUUCGACCCAUCCAAGACAAACUGGAAAACAUGGGCCACAAUUUUCGAACGAAACCUCUGUACCGAAAAGUUCGGCAUUGCACACCAGAAUCUCGAGCCAAGAGGAAUUAACCCAAGUCCAUUGUACUACGCGGCAGCGCCAGUCUCUCCAUACCCAGGUAUCAGCCUCAACGACGAGGGCGGAGUACUUGGAACGCCCCUCCAAGCAGCAGCGGGAAUAAACCAUAUAGAAGUGGUCAAAUACAUUCUGAAGCAUGGCGGCGAUGUGAACCAAAUUGCAGGAUACUUCCGGUGUGCUCUGACCGCAGCCGCAGCAAACGCUUCGCCGGAAGUGGUACAGCUUCUCCUGGACGCUGGCGCGGCCAAACAAUUCCUGGUUGAAUACCCAAAACUCAAGUUCUCACCUCAAGUGGUUGCGUCUAAGAACGAAAGGCUCGAAAACCUAAAGUUACUUGCGGCGAAUGGUUUCAGCCUCUCUCUUCCUGACGGAUACUUUCAGCCACUCGGUGCCGCAGUAGCCGCGGGCCACACAGAAGUUGUCCGCUGGCUUCUGGAGAACGGUGCGAAUCCUAACCGUCGAGGCAUGAAACGAAGACACCCCAUUCUCAAUGCCGCUACGCAUGGCCACUCGGAGGCGCUGUGGCCUUCCAUGAGCGGGGGGGGAUCCUUCGAGGAAGGCACUCAAAGCGCUUUAAAGUCCAGUAUCAGCGGUGCAGAAGAAGACUACGACGCUGCAGAUGUUGUUAGUGCUCUUUGUGGUAAAUGGCGUGGCUCCUCGACGAGUUUAAGAACGCACCGUAAUGUCGGGGCAGUAGGGACACUUGAGAUGACACUCGACAGAUCUUGUUUCGAGACUCAGGGUAUCACUGUGACUUUCAAGGCCACUGGAACAGACGAUAUCGGUGUGUUCAAGAUAUUCGGCAAAGCAAUCGGCCUGAGUUCUUUGUGGUGGUUCAAACUGUACGAGAGGCGACGAUGUCUGUACGAGGCGACACUGAAUGGUCCCGAUGGCAAGAUGACCGGAACUUGGGGGGCAAACUCUACGGACACUUCUGGAACAUUUGAGCUGACUAAGGUUGAGCUUUGA